CUGAUUGUCUCUAUAAAACCCUAAAAAUGCCCUACACCUAUAGAGGUCCAAGAACCCCAACAAAUAAGCUCAAAUAGGUUUCUGCUGGCAUCUAGAACCGCUUCAUCAGUGGGCGGCAAAGUUUGGACAAGGUUCUUCAUUAGAGGUGUAUGUCCAGAAGUAGAAAAGGAGCCGUAUCCUGUUAAGGUGCCUAAAGGUGAAGCGACAUCCUGGUCAUCUGACCAAGAAAUGGAUACUGUUAAUCGGGUACAGACCUACAAGAAGAGACGGGACUCAACCUUAGCAGAAAAGGUGAAGAUUCUAGAACUUCUACAACAACCUAAAGCAUCUCAGUCAUCAGUGGCUAGGAACAUGGGACUUUCACAGUCAACAAUUAGCAGAGUGAUGAAAAAAAGAGAAGAAAUCCUAGAACGCUGGAACCAUAAUGAGAACCCAGGUCGUAAACGUAAUAGACCAUUUAAACAUGCCAAGGUCGAUGAGGCUCUUCUAGAGUGGCUACUCUUUGCCAAGGCCAAUAAACUGCCCAUUUCUGGACCUAUACUUAUGAGACAGGCUGAAGCAAUUGCAAAGGAAAUUGGAUGCCCACAGUUUAAACCAUCAAAUGGAUGGUUAUGGAGGUGGAAAGAAAGGUACCGACUUUUCUAUAGGGCAGAAGUCUUACCAGGGGAGAGGAGGUUUGGGAGUGUAGGACAAGGUAAGUAUGUGAAACUCCUACCCACACAGACGGUGAGAAUGGAACUAAACAAUGGAGCAGAAGAAAGAAUUAUUGGAAGUCAGUUCAGCUCUAGUGGACGGAUUCAAGGAGAAAGGCAUGGCCAUAUGAUGUCAAUGCUUUGUAGCCAAGCUAAUCCUUUAGAUGUUUUAAGUAGAUCUGCAUUACUUGCACGAAUUGCUAAAGAUUACCCUUUACAAGACAUUUUCUGUGCCGUAGGGUCUCCAUUUCAUUUUAGAAUAUUGGAAAAGCAAGGGAUGAAUGCUGAGGCAAAGGAAACAGUCUGCAUUUGGUUCUGCUGCAACAUAAAUGGGACAGAAAGACUUAAAUUACUUGUUACUCACAACCUUCCUUCAAGAUCUCUUGGAACUCAUUGCCUUUCUCCAGUGUCCCUUAAAGCUAGUAAUAAUGGCCAUAUGACCGACAGUUUGCUCGUAGAGUGGCUUCUCAACUGGGAUGCAAAACUUGAUAGGCUAGAAAGAAAAAUUCUUCUGGCCUUUACAGCACAUAAUACUGGACCAAAAGUGAAACUUAGAAAUAUCUCAUUAUGUAUUUUUCCAAAAGAACAUGUUUCAUCCAAUCAUCGCUUUGGUGAAGAGCUGGUCAGCGAAUUCAGUAUUCUCUACAGAGAACUUCUUCUAGAGAGACUCCAAGAAGAUACAACCAUCGAUGGAAAGACGGAGGUAUCUCUGCUCCAUAAAAUGGGCGAGUUAUCACUUGUGGAAGCUAGUUACACAAUGAAUAAAGCAUGGCUAAGAGUAACACCUCAUACUAUAAAGUCCUGUUUUCAAAAACUGGAAGGGAUCCGAAUUCUUUGCUCUGCCACACAUGAUCCAUCAGAGGCUCGAUCCCAUGAAGACAUAUCAUUCCCCAUUUUACAAGAACCCAACAGCAAUUCUGAAAAUUACACAUCACUAACAACGGGUUGUGUCUCUUACCGAACACUCACAAUUAAGGAAGAGAAUGAUGAAAGCCUUGGAUUCGAAACCACAUAUAAAAAACCACCAUAUCCAAAUGAAAAAGUAAAAGUUGACUUUUCAUCCAACGAGGAUCAGGCCUCAUACAGUGGUUUAGAGUCAUAUCCAAAACUAUCUGCCAUCGACGAAAUAUCUACAGUUGUGGUUAAGUCUGAAGAAUCAAGACCAUGUGUGAGUGUUGAGGAAAUCAGAGAAGCUUGUGAUUUAAUCCAGCGGUUUUUGUGCAAUGAAAACCAAGAUAUGAGUAUUUUCUGUGCGCUGCAAAGUCAGAUCGAGAGAUGUCUGGCUAAUCCAACUAUGACAAAAUCUUGUAAAUAAUGGGUUGCCUAUGAUACUACUACAUUAUGUAAUGGGACACAGGUGGCGUCUACUCUUCUUUUAAGCUCAGGCCUGGUGGACAUUUGAGUCUAUAAUUUAGUGUAAAGAGUAAACUUUAAAAAAUAAAAUAAAAAACAUAACUCUUAAAGUGGUCUGCAUGGACUAUACAUAGAAAAUAUGUGGCAAGGCAAACAGGACACAGCAGGGCCUUCUUUUUUAAGCUGCAGCUUAACAAUGUGUUUCAUCCCCCCAAAAAAAUAAUUGGUGCCCUUUUCAUUAGCAUAGUAGUGUGGUACUUACUAAACAAUAAUUCUUCCUUAGAAGACCAUCCACAAAAUGUUGAGUAUUUUUCCUAUAUGAGCCUAGAUAUUAUCUCUAUUGCAAGCUACUAUUGCUAUAUACCUUGUAUGGAUGGAUCACAUACAGAUCAAAAGUAGUUUUACUUAGAUCCAGAGCAGAUACCUUUUCACCUUAAAAGAUCCUUCUAUUAUUACUAUAACUAACCUGGUGUCCAGAUGACAGCACCAGUCUGCUCCACGUACAGAUUUAUUUCAAAACAGAAAGACAGCUUCCUCCUCCACUCUGUGUUGGCACGUUACGUAUUAAUCCCCUAAUAGAGCUUUAGGGGGCGGACUGUGUCUCAGUUCAUUAGC